UGGAAGCUCCGAGCUGUCACCGUCUAUGGGUAUCUUCUGUAACACGAGUGUUCCGGACAGAGUGAGGUCCACGUCUAACACCAUGUGGAUCAGAUCCCGGUCUGGCUCACUGUCAGGCACUGGCUUCUAUGCAACUUACUCAUCAGCAAUCAUUCCACAGAAGUUUCUCCUUGUCACUGAAACUUAUAACGGCAUCUAUCGCAUAGACAUCGACACGGGAAGUAAUUUUACAAUUUCGCCCGAUGGUCUACUCAACCCAUUUGGUAUUGACUACGAUCCAGUAGACGGUCGUGUCUAUUGGUCCAAUCAAAAGGACAAGACCAUUCGAUCCGCUAACCUUGAUGGCAGCGAUGCUCGGCUGGUUCGCAGCAUUAGUCAAGGAGGUAUUCUAUUUGGCCUUUCUGUGGACUCUGUGUCGAGGCUACUAUUCUACGCCGACGACGGCAACAAGGUCAUCGGAAGGAUAUCACUGGACAACAACAGUCAUCAUAUCGUCGUCGAUUCAGACAUUGAUCAUCCUGUAGACAUCGAGCUGGACAAACACAAUCGUGUGAUCUACUGGAGUGACGUCACCGGGAGUAAAAUAGAGAGGUGUAACUAUGACGGUUCGGACCGUGAGACACUAAUUUCAACAUCGUCUUAUCUAACAAGUCCAACUGGUCUUGCUUUGGACACAGUAGGGAGGAGAAUUUACUGGGCAGAUACAGGUACAGAGCUGAUAGGAUGGAUGGAUUUGGAUGACAGACGACCUGAAGUUUUUUUUUUAUCAGAGGGACUCAUGCCUUACGGGCCUGGAUAUCUACCAAAACGAGUUGUUUGUCACGGACUGGGGACCUAAACAUACCAAGUGUCAGUCAGAAACAACACACAUCUAUCGCAUUGGCAAGAACGGAACAAUAACGGCGACUGUACAAGUUAAUGGCAAAGUAAAGGAUGUUCGUGUCUAUGCCGAGGAGAGUAUACAUACAGAAGCAGAGUCUGUGAGCACUAACACCAAGUUCAUCAUUGCUGUCUGUGUUGUGGGCGCUGUCGUAGGAAUUGCUGUCAUCAUCGCACUCGUCUUUGCCUUCAAACGAAUCCGUCGGAGCAAUCCCGAAGAAUAUGCGGCUUUCAUGCAGAGACAGAACACACCGGAAAUCCCACUGGAGUCACUGGCAUCAACAUCAAAUGCUCUUCCAUCCAGUCCUUAUGAAGAAUUCCCCAGUUCUCAAUCCGGUGAUAGAGAUGGCAACUCUAAUAACGCAGGUGACACAAGCUUCAAUCAAAGUGUAAGAAAUGGGUCCGCUCUUUACCUGACACCGACUGGCCUUACAGGAGCGGACACAGCAUUGCCAGCGAUUUAGUAAAUCAUACAUGAACAGCAAGCUCUCAAUAAGACUGUUUUCUUUUACUUGACGACCAUAAAAUGUAUUAAUUGGUAUAAAAUGUAUUAAUUGGUAUAGUUAAGUCCUUAGGUGUGAUAAAGACUCUUGUGGCUCCAAUCAACAACAAAACAUUUACUAGAGACCGAACCGCAAUCGUUGUCAGCAUCGUAAGGGGAGGGCAGGACGAAAGUGAGGCUGACACCAUUGCAACGUAGGCCCUUGACUGGAACCCUCAUGGGAAGAGGAGAGUUGGGAGACUAAACUAGACUUGGUAAAGAACAGUAGAUAACGAGGUAAAGGACGUGGGAACCACAUGGACCCAACUGAAGGGGGCUGCCCUAUAGCGGGUCCGCUGGCGAGGUGUUGCUGCGGUCCUAUGCUCCUGAAAUGAGCAGCAAAGAAAUA